UUGGAUGUCUCACACUUCCGACCGGAGGAAGUGAAUGUUCAUGUCGAAGGACAUGAGCUGAUCGUCGAGGGUAAACAGGAGCAAAAGGAUGCAAACAGCUACAUGCAGAGGUCUUUCAUUCGCAGAUGGACUCUUCCGGAAGAUGUAAAUCUGGAAGCAAUUCGCCCUCAACUCAAUGACAAAGGCCAUCUGACUAUUGAAGCACCGAAGGGCCCAAGUGUACAGAGAAUCAACAUCCCUAUUGUAUCUGCACCCAGUACUACUCAUUAA